AUGACCUGUUUAUCAUGCUCGAUCGUCCAGGGCGGCUAUUGCCUGUCGAGCUUGGCCGAGGGAGCUGCCCUGACGCUGAGGGCCCUUCUCGGCGACCCGUGUCCUUUGGUGGGCCCUCUUGGAGCUAUCAAUCUCAUAAUGGAGAGCACGAUCCUGGACUUGAAGUUCGUCCUGCGUCCGUUCUGGAAGGCUCUGUCGCACCAUCCGCUCGCCAAGGACGGGGACGAAGGAGGAGGG